AUGGAUUUUGAAAUGAGGCAAUCAUCGUCUCCUCCAAGAAACUAUCACAACAAUAGCUAUACUAAUAAUAAUAAUCACAUAUCAUUGAAUACUCCCAUAAAAAAGAUUAAUCAAUUAAGUUUAAAUUCCCCCUUCCAAUCCCCUUCAUCUCCUAUAUUAAAUUCAUCUCCUGUUUAUCCUACUUUAAAUGAUAUCAUAGUUAAAUCAACUCCGAUAGAUUUCAAUACCAAUAAUCAUAAUGUUAGUUCAAUCAUGACUAAUAAAGGAUAUUCUCAAAAACUUACUAAUAACGUGUUGAUGGAAUUGAAUAAUCGAGCUAAUCAAUUAUCAUCUUCAAUGAUGCUUAAAUCUCCUCCUACUACAUCUUCUAAUACUAUAAAAAAUUCAGCUAAACUUAAUUCAAAUCGGAAAAAGAGAUAUAGUGGAAUUCAUCGGGGAUUGUAUAAUGGUAUGGAAUCUAUAUCGAGUCAUUAUUCAGUAAAGACUAAUACGGUUAAUGAAGAUGGUGAUGUAAAUAUUGUCCAUAAUAUCGAUAAUAAUGUAUCUCCGGAAAAGCAGAUCGGAAUGGUUGAUGGAGAUCAAGAAGCUAGUGUGAAAAGAAGAAGAACAUUAAAUGGUCCUGAUGAAGUGUUAAGAUAUAUACCUACAUUUCAAUUGUCACCUGAAUCAUCCAAUCAAUCAGAUCAAUUACCAAAAGAAAAACUAAUACAUAAACCAAAUUUAACCAUGACAUCUUCCACUAUACCAACCUUACACAAUACAACUAAAGAUAACAAUAAUACUGAUAAUAAAAGUAGUCCAUUACGAAAGAUUUCUCCAUCUAAGAAAUUCAUGAAUUUAAAUGCAUUAUUAACUGGAGAUGAAGAACCAAGUGAAGUUGAUAUGUUGAAUGGUUCACCUAAUAAAGAUAAAUUUUUAAAACCAUUUCCACCUAGUAAUAAAUUACGACCAAGUUCAUUACAAAUGGCAGGGGUUGGUAAUGUUUCAAGUCAAACUUUACAUAAGAAGAGUUCGAUACCUCAAUUACAAAAGAAAGCAUCAAAUUCAAGUAUUAAUAGUAAUGUUACAUUAACUAAGAAACCAUCAAUUCCUCAAUUACAAAGAAAAUCAUCAAUCCCACAAUUACAAAAGAAACCUUCCAUUCCACAAUUACAACAUAAACCUUCUAUUCCACAAUUGCAUAAUAAACCAUCCAUACCAACUUUACAACAUAAACCAUCCAUACCUACUUUACAAAGGAAAUCUUCUAUACCACAAUUACAACCUGCAGCACAUAUAACAUCUCAUAAUGAUUCACGAAUGACAUCUCCAAGUCGAAGUUAUUCAAAUCGAUCAAUAUCAUCAGUGUCAACCACCACUACAACUCAUGAUAAAAUCUUAUCGAAAUCUAGCAAAAUUAAUGAACCAUCACAUUAUAAAAUUAAUCCAAAUCUGAAAGUAACGAUUCCCCAACCAUUUUCAUUAUAUAAUAAACCAACUAUAUCAUCAUCGCAAAAAUCCUUACCUGAUAAUAAAACUAAUAUUAAUUCAUCACAAAAGUCCCUAAGUAAAUUUGCUCGAUUUAAACAACAAUUUCAUUAA